AUGAAGAAACAGCCCGACACGCCGCCUAUUCGAACCGUGCAAGACGCGUACAGUUCAAAGAUCGAACUCGCUUACAAUGGAUCAAGAGAGGACUUAGACCCGUAUGUGCCAGCUGAACACAGACCUACGGAAUCGACAACAUCGAGCUUCGGUGCAUUAGCGCAUCUUCUCAAGGCGUCGCUCGGCUCGGGGGUGUUAGCGAUGCCCCUAGCCUUUAAGAACGCUGGCUUACUCGUUGGAGCUAUUGGAACUAUAGUAAUAGGAUUUAUCUGUGGACACGUAGUACAUAUACUAGUUAAAACAUCACAGCAGCUGUGCGUGGAGGUCAAAAAACCAUCCCUGGGAUACGCCGACACCUGCGAUCUAGUUUUUCAAAACGGUCCAAAACCUGUUAGAAAAUUUGCCCCUUUUGCAAGGGAGCUUGCAGACUGGGCCUUGGCAGUAACUCACUUAGGAGCAUGCUGUGUGUAUACCGUUGUUAUUGCAGAAUCCUUUAAACAAGUAUCAGACGUCUAUGGAGGCCCUAAUUGGUCGGUAACAGUCUAUUGUGGAUUGACCCUUGUAGUCUUAAUACCUCUAACACAAAUUACGAAACUAAAGUACUUAGUUCCGUUCUCCGCACUGGCGAACUUUGUUUGGCUUGGAUCCAUUUGUAUAUCGAUCUAUUACUGCUUGCGAGACCCCCCCAAGAUCACCGAAAGAAAUUUGGCCACAUCUAUUACGGGAAUUCCUAACUUCAUCAGUACAAGUCUCUUCGCAAUGGAAGGCAUCGGAGUUGUCAUGCCAAUUGAAAAUGAGAUGAUUAAACCGCAUCAUUUCCUCGGAUGUCCUGGAGUUUUGAACAUUGCAAUGUCCGUAGUUGUCAUGCUUUACGGUUUCGUCGGAUUCUGUGGUUACCUAAAUUUUGGGGAAGAAGUGAGGGGAAGUCUCACAUUGAAUUUGCCGCAAGAUGAAAUAUUAGCACAGAUUGCUAAGAUCUUGGUGGCGUGCGUAAUGAUACUGUCCUUUGCGUUGGUGUAUUACGUCCCAGUGGAUGUCGUAUGGAGGCGGAUACAAGACAAAAUACCAGCUCGAGGUCACCGAUGGUCGAUAGCUGGAGUGAGGUUUAUAGGGACAGUUCUAAUAGUUGGCAUUGCUAGUGCGAUUCCUAGACUUGAGCUCUUCAUGGAACUUGUGGGCGCUAUUUGUUUAUCCAUUAUGGGUCUGCUACUUCCCGCAAUAGUGGAGACAGUUUGGCGUUGGAGUCGUGGCUUAGGACCAUGCAAUUGGAUUCUAUGGAAGAAUUGCUUCAUCAGCAUCUUCUCUGUGAUUGCAAUGAUUUCAGGUGUUGCUUAUUCAAUUAUUUCCAUAUUGGAAAGGCUGUGA